GCACUGCUGCUGCUGCUGAUGCUGAUGCUGGCGCAACACAAACCGUCCGCACACACCGACAGCGGAGCAGAGAGAGAGGAGGGCAGCGUGCAGGAAGGAGGCGGUGCUGCACGGACAACUGCGUCCCACUCCUAAAGCAAACACCUUUACAUUAUCCAGCACAUACUCCUGAUCGCUCCCACACUCAGUUGCUCACAGCUUUCUCGUUCACUGCGGAGGGGAGCUGCGCGAACAUUGAAGCCUCCAGGCCUCCAAGCAUGGACCCCUUACCUGCGGGCCGAGACUCCAGCUCUUCGCCAAGCUCCAAACAAGAACUUUCCUACCCGAGCACUAACCUGAAGCCCAAUCAGGUGGGAGAGACGGUGCUGUACGGAAUACCCAUCGUGUCUUUGGUGAUAGAUGGCCAGGAGAGACUUUGCCUUGCGCAGAUAUCUAACACCCUGUUGAAGAAUUACAGCUACAACGAGAUCCACAAUAGGCGUGUGGCGCUGGGUAUCACCUGCGUCCAGUGCACCCCAGUCCAGCUGGAGAUCCUGCGCAGAGCCGGGGCCAUGCCAAUCUCCUCCAGGCGCUGCGGGAUGAUCACUAAACGCGAGGCAGAGAGACUUUGUAAGUCAUUUCUUGGGGCCCAUUCGCCUCCCAAACUUCCAGAGAAUUUUGCCUUCGAUGUGUCCCACGAGUGCGCCUGGGGGAGUCGAGGCAGCUUCAUCCCGGCCAGAUACAACAGCUCCAGAGCCAAGUGCAUCAAGUGCUCCUAUUGCAACAUGUAUUUUUCACCAAAUAAAUUCAUAUUUCACUCGCAUCGCACGCCGGAGUCCAAGUACACGCAGCCAGACGCAGCAAAUUUCAAUUCUUGGAGACGACAUCUUAAAUUAACAGAUAAAGGCAGCCAGACAGAUGUUCUACACGCGUGGGAAGACGUGAAGGCCAUGUUCAAUGGGGGAAGUCGUAAGAGGACGCUGCCAGGCAGUGGGUCAGACUCCAGCUCCUCGUUAAAAUCACACGGACACAACCGUCCCCAAGGCUCACCCGAGAUUCCUGCAAAAAUCCUCAGCUGCGAGGACAAUCGCGGCGGUAUGAGCAGCGCGCGCAGCUACCCGGUCAUCCCGGUGCCCAAUAAAGGAUUUGGAAUGCUGCAAAAAAUCCCACCGCCGCUGUUCCCACAUCCGUACGGCUUCCCAGCUUUCAGCCUGUGCCAGAAGAAAGAAGACGGUUUGCUGGAGGAGCAAAGCAAGGCGGGCCUCCCGGGCGUGCUGUGGCCCGGUACCAAGGACAGCGCCUAUCACUCCUUCCCCAUGUUCUGGCCUGCGACGGGCGCGCUGCCCAUGCCGCCGUACCCACAGACUCCACACAAACACGCACCACAGCUGCUGUGUCCACCCAGACACGUUGACAUGGACCUACCCGAGCACAGUGACCGCAGCACCAACUCGUCCAAAGACAGCGUAGUUGAUAACGACCGGUGCUCCAGCACCCAGUCCGCGCGUAACGAAGACGACAAGUCCGGGGAUGAGGCGAGGCCGCUGGAGGCGGUGGCGCUCGCGCCCCGAAAAAUCAGCUACGUCUCCGCGUUCAGACCCGUCAUUAAAGACGCAGACUGCAUCGCUAAGCUGUACGGCAACAGGGGCGCGUACAACGGCUGUCGCACAGGCUACUUGUCGCCCGAUUUUUUAAGUGAGAGCUCAAGCUACCGAUCCGCGUCCCCCUGCGUGGACAGUGAGGGCGAACCGGACGUGGACGUGGAGACAAACAAAACACCCGAUGAGGAGGAGGAUGAGGAGGUGGAGAACUCCCGGCCUCAGUCCUCGGUGUGCGCUCGGACUCCCCCCGGCUUGACACACAGUGUUUCCCCCAGCGACUCCGAGUGUAAGAGCGCGCAGGAGAGCAGCGUGUUUGACUCCCAGAAAAUGGGUCUACAUGUGGCCCAGUCCACGGACAGAGAACUGCAGAGCAAGCACUUAUCAGAGACCCACAUAGCCGCGUCUUUCACUGAAGUUUACACACCGGAGAGGAGUGAAGUGCAACAAAAGAGAAGUCCGUAUCAGUUCAGACCUGCCAAUUACCUCAGUGGAGCGCUCACAAAAAACGAUGAGAGUGCGAGUAAAGAGGAGCCGUCUUCAACAGUGGAGGAGAUCGAAACGAAAUCGUUUAAUGAACAAAGCAGCGACGAAUCCCAACGUGAGCCAGAGGACGGCGAGGACGCGCCAGCCAGAGCUGUGCCAUCACACGUAGAAAAUCUAGAAAAAGAGGAACUCCAGAAGCAACUAUUAGAGCAGGUUGAGCUGAGGAAAAGGCUGGAACGUGAAUUUCAACAUUUGAAAGAUAAUUUUCAGGAUCAAAUGAAGAGGGAGCUUUCCUACAGAGAGGAGAUGGUUCAGCAGCUCCACAUCGUCAGAGAUGUUGACUCCUCGCCACUGCAGCGGCUCCUGCUCCUUCAAGUCUCCUCUGCUUCCUCCAUGAACCACGUCUCUCCACUGGGGAACGCAGGACGCGUCCGGACGCGGCUCCUGGCAAACUGCACACCACAGGAAACCCACUGGCACUCCUGAGGAUUCGAGUCAAACACCGACUAACUUGUAUACUUGUACAUUUUAUAAACGUGGAUCUGCUCAAUUUUUUUUCUGAAAAACGAUACAACUGAUAUUUAUGAUUUGUGGCAAAGUGCAAUGUACUGUAUCUAGUAAUAGUUAUUAAAGUUUUUUUUCGGUUUUCUGUUGUCAAUGAUAAGCUUGUAAAUAGCUAAUUCUUGUGAAUUAGCCUACUACUUUUGCUGUGUUCUUCUCUGCAGGCCAUCUGCUUACUUCAGUGGUUGCGCACUUUAAAUGAGUGAAACUUUUUUUUUUGGCCUAUACAAAAAUCAGAAUUUGUAGCUGUCAAACCAUUGUAUAUCUCCUGUAUGAAGAAUCGACACAGAACACAGAAGUUAGUAGGCUAAAUGAAUACACCCAACCCUGUAAUAGUUUUCAUCGCUAAUGAAUAAAUCAUUUUAUCAAAAGACGGUGUGGACUCUCGUUCUAACAGGAAUAAUGGACAUCUGGACCUUUUUUUCACAAGAUAAGCAACAAACCACUAUGUUAUGAUAAUUAAAUCUAUUUAUAUAAAUUUUUGGGGGCAACAAAAAAAUGUGUUUUCACUUUUUGAGUAUAGCCUACAGUUAUGGUUAUAAAUGUAGAUUUUCAAAUAGACAGUGUGUAAAACAACUAUUAUAAAAACCAGCAAAUGAUCGUAAUGUAUGCUUCAUUGGCCAUUAUUUGUUCUGAUACUUUAUUAAUUAACAGUGGCGCAAAUAAUAAUACUAAUCAUAAUAAUAAUGAUACUACUAAUAAUAUAAAAAAACAGGCGAAACUUCUGUUCGAAAACCUAUCUGCAAAUAGUAAAUCAGCCAGUAAAAUCCUGCUUGCAGUAACAUAAUCUUCGAUUGUUAAACCAUCGCAAUAAUAUUCUUCUUUUUCUUUGCUUUUAUUUACAUAUAUCUCGUACUCAGCAUUUGGUCAAGGAGGAGCAAUUAAGCCCACUUUUAGAUUUUAAGUGGUUUCUGAAGCGGCACUAAGAGAGAAGUCUGGAAUAGACCUAAUGUGUAAAUAAUAUAUGAUAAUGUGACCUAUGUGAAACUCGGUUGUGAUGGUUCUGACAAAACUGAUGUCAGUUUUUAAUAUUACUAACUGUUCGACAGUUUAAAUUAAACCACCAGGGCCAGUCUGCAAAAACAAUAAAGCCCUGUAAACAAUCCAGAUGUAACUUGCUUUGUUUUUUGUAUCUUAAAGGAAGGGGUUAAAGUGUGAGCUCUGUUAUGUGAUGUAUGUUAAAUCGUAUUUGAAAUGUCAUGUAAAAGAAAAUAAAUUAUCAUCUGACA